CCAUUGGAUAUCGUUUGAGCAAUAGCUGAAAACUGAAAAGUGCCGAAGAAUAAAAUUACCAGUUCACGAGAUGACAAGCAUCGCCUUCAUAACUGGCACGGUUCUUUUUUUAAUUCAAUUUGUACCACAUCAGUGUCAAGGUUUCCUAUCUGGGUCGCUAAGGUUACAAGGACUAUCAAGUGCCAAUGGUUCUGGCCGUGUUGAAGUAUUGCACAAAGGAUACUGGGGAACAAUCUGCGAUGAUGGAUGGGAUAUGAAAGAUGCUAAAGUCGCAUGUCGUCAGCUUGGUUAUCAAGAUGUUGCAAGAACUCUUCAGAGGAAUGAGGUUCCUUCUGGUUCUGGAAAUAUUUGGCUAGUUGCUCUUGAUUGCACUGGAGAGGAAGAAAAUAUUACAAGCUGUCAUCACAAUGGUUGGGGCGCUCAUUCCUGCACCCAUUUUUAUGAUGCCGGAGUAGAAUGUUCUACAAGAGAUCUUUUCACUUCUCCAGUUCAACUGAGGUUACAAGGACCAUUAAGCGCAUAUGGUAUUGGUCGUGUUGAAGUAUUAUAUCAUGGUUAUUGGGGGACAAUCUGUGAUUAUGGUUGGGAUACGCAAGAUGCUAGAGUUGUGUGUCAUCAACUUGGUUAUGAUCUAGAACAUGUACACAGUAGAACUCUUUAUAGAGGCCUGGUUCCUUUCGGUUCGGGACUGAUAUGGUUAGCCCACGUAGCUUGUAAUGGAAAGGAAAAUAACAUUAGAAAGUGUUCUCAUAAUGGUUGGGGGGCUAAUAAUCAUUGUUCUCAUUAUUACGACGCCGGGGUUGAAUGUUCCAGCACAGCGGUAAAGAUGAGAUUGCAAGGACCAAUAAGUGCAAAUGGUACUGGUCGUGUUGACGUUUUCUACAAUGGACAAUGGGGAACAAUCUGUGAUGAUGGAUGGGAUAUAAGAGAUGCUCAGGUUGUAUGUCGUCAACUUGGUUAUAAAGAUGCUGCCAGAGCACUUUAUGGUAGGCAGGUUCCUUCUGGUUCUGGACAAAUAUGGCUGUAUCAGGUCGAUUGCAAUGGGAAGGAACAAAAUAUAACAAGUUGUCAUCACAGAGGUUGGGGGGAUAAUACUUGCGGGCAUAGUCGAGAUGCCGGGGUUGAAUGCACUAGCACAGAUUUGUCAGCUACGCCUGUUUCCCUCCGGUUGCAAGGACCAUUGAGUACAAAUGGUACAGGUCGUGUUGAAGUAUUUUAUCAUGGCCAUUGGGGAACAAUCUGUGAUAAUGGAUGGGAUUUAAGAGAUGCGAAGGUUGUAUGUCGUCAACUUGGUUAUAAAGACGCUGUAAGAACGCUUCGAAGGGGGACUUUUCCUCGAGGUUCAGGACUUAUAUGGUUAUCUUACGUCGCUUGUAAUGGAAAAGAACAAAACAUCACGAAUUGUACCCACAGUCCUUGGGGAGUUCAUUAUUGUUCUCAUAAUCAAGACGCUGGAGUGGAAUGUUCCACAACUGAUUUUGUAGACGCGGGGGUGAGAAUAAGAUUACAAGGGCCAUCAAGUGCAAAUGGUACUGGUCGCGUUGAAGUAUUCUAUCAUCGUGAUUGGGGGACAAUCUGUGAUUAUGGAUGGGAUAUGAGAGAUGCUAAGGUUGUUUGUCGUCAACUCGGUUAUGAUCUAAAUCAUACAUAUGUUAGGACACUUCCUAGGCACCUUGUUCCUUCUGGUUCUGGACCAGUAUGGUUAUCUUACGUCUCUUGUACUGGCAAAGAACAGAAUUUAACAAGCUGUUCUCAUAAUGGUUGGGAAAACAAUCAUUGUUUCCACGAUCAAGACGUCGGAGUGGAAUGUUCUAAAAAAGCUGUUUUAAUAAGGUUGCAAGGACCAUCAAGUUCAAAUGGUACUGGUCGGGUUGAAGUAUUUUUUCAUGAACAAUGGGGGACAAUCUGUGAUGAUGGAUGGGAUAUGAGAGAUGCUAGGGUUGUAUGUCGUCAACUUGGUUAUACAGAUGCUGCUAGGGCCCUCAAAAGUGGCGAGGUACCUCCUGGUUCUGGAAAGAAGUGGUUAUCUGGUGUUUCCUGCUCUGGGGAAGAAAACAAUAUUGUAAGCUGUCCUGAUAAUAAUUGGGGGCGUUCUUACUGCUCUCAUUCUAGAGACGCUGGAGUUGAAUGUUCAACAAAAGAUUUUUCAAAUACACCUGUGCUGGUCAGGUUGCAAGGACCGCUGAGUGCAAAUGGUACUGGUCGUGUUGAAGUAUUAUAUCAUGGAUAUUGGGGGACAAUCUGCGAUUCUGAAUGGGAUAUGAGAGAUGCCAUAGUUGUAUGUCGACAACUUGGGUAUGCAGAUGUUAAUAGAAUUCUUGAAAGGCACCAGGUUCCUUCUGGUUCCGGACAGAUAUGGUUAUCUGAUGUCGCUUGUACCGGGGAAGAAAAGAAUAUUACAGAUUGUUCUCAUAAUGGUUGGGGGAAUCAUUAUUGCUUCCAUUCUAACGACGUCGGAGUAGAAUGUUCCUCAACAGUUUUUUCAGCUACACCUGGGCCGGUCAGGUUACAAGGACCAUUAAAUGAAACAGGGUCGGGUCGUGUUGAAGUAUUCUAUCGUGGUAAUUGGGGAACAAUUUGUAAUUAUCAAUGGGAUAUGAGAGACACUAGAGUUAUUUGUCUUCAACUGGGUUAUCCCGAUGCUGUCAGAACUCUCAAAAGAAACGAGUUUCCUACUGGUUCUGGACGGAUAUGGUUUUCUCACGUGGCUUGUACUGGAGAAGAGCAAAAUAUAACAAGUUGUUCUUAUAGAUGGGAUCAUCCUUAUUGCUCACAUUCUCGAGAUGUCGGAGUAAACUGCUCAACAACAGCUAUAACUGCGCCACUCAGGUUACAAGGACCAUUACGUGACGAUGGUAAUGGUCGUGUCGAGGUACUCUUCGAUGGAUCCUGGGGAACAAUCUGCGACAGUAAAUGGAAUUUAAAAGAUGCCAGGGUGGCAUGUCGUCAGCUUGGUUACCAAGAUGUUGCUCGGGCUCUUAUUACGAAUCAGGUCCCUUCAGGUUCUGGGCAGAUAUGGUUACAAAAUGUCGAAUGUGCUGGCUCGGAGUUUAAUAUUGCAAGUUGUGUUCAUAGUAGGGGUUGGGGUGAUACCUCUUGCUCACAUUCAAGAGAUGUAGGAGUUGAAUGUAGUACAACAGAUUUUUCAAAUACCCCUGUGUCGCUAAGGUUGCGUGGGCCAUUGAGUGAAAAAGGGGCAGGUCGAGUUGAAGUGUUCUAUCAUGGAUAUUGGGGUACAAUCUGUGAUUAUUCAUGGGAUUUCAAAGAUGCUAGGGUUGUGUGCCAUCAACUUGGAUAUGUGGAUGCUGUAAGAACUCUUCAAAGAAGCGAAGUUCCUCCAGGUUCUGGACAAGUGUGGUUAAGAGAUGUCGAUUGUUCUGGUGAAGAGCACAAUAUAGUAAAUUGUUCUCACAGUUCUUGGGGAGUUAGUCCUUGUACCCAUGAUCGUGACGCUGGAGUUCAAUGUUUUACAACAGCUAUAACUCCGCCAAUCAGGUUGCAAGGACCAUCAAGUAAAGAAGGUAUCGGUCGUGUUGAAGUAUUGUACAAUGGCCAAUGGGGAACAAUUUGUGAUUCCGAGUGGGAUUCUAAAGAUGCGAACGUGGUAUGUCGUCAACUUGGAUAUCCUGAUGCUUUUGGAACUCUUCAAAGAAACUUGGUUCUUCCUGGCUCUGGAAAAAUAUGGCUAACCAAUGUUGGUUGCACUGGGAAAGAACAAAAUAUUACCAGUUGUCUCCAUAGCGGUUGGGGGGAAGCUCAAUCUUGCUCUCAUUCUGGGGACGCUGGAGUAGAAUGUUCUAAGACAGCUAUAAAUGUGUCACUCAGGCUGCAAGGGCCACUGAGAGAAGAUGGAACUGGUCGGGUUCAGGUAUAUUACAAGGGGAAAUGGGGAACGAUCUGCGACAGUGGAUGGGAUUUACAAGAUGCCAGGGUUGUCUGUCGUCAACUUGGUUACCCCAACGCUGUUAGAACUCUUCAGAGGAGCGAAGUUAUUCCUGGUUCUGGACCAAUUUGGUUAAACAACCUUCAUUGUACUGGAAAAGAAGAAAAUAUUAAAAGUUGUUCACAUGAUGGUUUGGGUGUCCUCUAUAGCUCGUGCUCUCAUGAUUAUGACGCUGGAGUAGAAUGUUCAGAGAGACCAAAUAUAACAGUCAAUUGUUCCAGUUUAAUCGCAGUAAAUCUUGGUGAUGAUAUAACAUGCUUGUGUGAAGGAAAAGGUGGAAAACCUCCAGUCGAUGUGACAUGGUAUAAAGAUGGCGUCCAGUUUGGUGACACAGAACAGAAACAAAACAUGUUGACUCUCAGUAAUGUUGUUGAAACAGAUAGUGGAACAUACAAAUGUAUUGGGAAAAUCCACACUUUCACGGAUGAAAAGUCAAUUGAGAUCGAUUUUUACGAAAAACCAAAUGUAACAAUCAAUUGUUCCAGUCUGAUCAUUGUUAAUAUCGGUGAUAGUGUAACAUGUCUUUGUGAGGGAAAAAACGGAUACCCGCCAGCCGAUGUGACGUGGUAUAAAAAUGACACACAGAUUGGUGACACGAAAAAGAAAGAGAAUGUUUUGACUCUCAAGAAUAUUAAUACAACAAAUGGUGGAACAUACGUAUGCGUAGGGAAAAGUGACUCUCUGGCAGGCAGAAAUUCAAUUGAAGUCCUUUUUAGUGAAAAAUCACACUCCAAAGGGUCGAAGGACGGCACUAAAUGGUAUAUUUCUUUCAUCAUCGUCGUGGCUGUAAUUAUUGUUGUACUUUGUGUUGCAUAUGCUGUUGUGUAUUAUCGUCGGCGAUGGUUAGGAAAAGCUGCAUCAAGUGCCGAUGUUCAAGAUACAAAUCCAGACCCAAUUUACGAAGAGGUUAAUCUUAAAAAUUUGGCGCAAAACCGCUACCAGUCACCAAAAGGCGCCGUAAACGAUGGUUACUCGACUUAUGCUGAUUUAGAUAAGGCGAGAGAUCCAGACAACACUUAUCAAACUCUAAAUAAUUAGUCACAGUAAUACGAUAGAAUUCACGGUACGAAUUCACAGAACUGCACGCGUAUAUCAUUUUUUUAAGUAAACUUGUUUAUUACAUAAAUUUCAGCACAUAUUAAAAAAUGAUACAUUUAAUAAAGAUAAGGGGUGCAAAAUAACAUUACGUAAGGAUGCAAACAUAAUUUAGCAUAUAGCCUGUAAUUUAUGUGAUUUUGGUGUCCGUAUCUGCUGUUUUUAUAUAUAACUCGUAUAUUAAAAUUCCAAAAUGGGUAGUAUAAAUUUCGCCAUGGUGGAGGAAAGAUCGCAGCAAAUUGCCAAGCACUUUGAUUAGCGAUGAGGUAAAAAUCAAUAUACUGUGGAUAUAUUGUUAAUUAUAAAUAUAAUCUGUAAACUGAAAUACAAAGAUGUAUUAUUAUAUCUUUUAACUUUAUAAUAUAC